AAGGUGUUUCGUGUCAGUAAACUAUCUUCAUCAGAAACUGCUUGGAAAGCUGCACAUUGGGACAGGUUUCUGUUUUUAGAGAUUUCAAGUUGCACACAGGAAGAGACACUGACACACCAUCUCUUUGGAACAACUAUCUUUUAUCCAUUACCUUCUUCAAACAAACUACCCAGCAUUAAUUCUUCCCAUCAUGUCCAACCAAUCGACCCAGUCUUACCCUCAGGAUGCCUAUAAGGCUCUGAUGAGAGGAAUUCAGAAGGUGGACCUUCAGCACUCCAGUGUUCCUUGUAACUUGGUGCUGACAGGAGAUGCCUUUCCUGUAGUGAUGAACAGCCAGGGUCACAUCCUCAUGGCUGCUUCUGUGUACGGCCGAGGAAGAAUCGUGGUCUUGAGCCACGAGACCUACCUGACCCUCUGUCCUGCUCUGGUAGAUAAUGCUCUCACCUGGCUGGGAGGAGGGAAGUCUGCCAACCUGUCUUUAGGUGUAUCAGAAACAAUGAAAGGAGUUGUUGAAAACCUCAACAGAUCCACCUACAAAGUUAGACUUGUUGAGAAAUUUAGAGCAGAUCUGGGUGUCGGUGUGUAUGUAACAGAUGCGUACCCAGUGGGUCCAAAGGCAGAAGAGCUGAUAGCCUUCAUGAAAGCAGGGGGAGGCUUGCUGAUUGGUGGACAAGCUUGGUGGUGGGCUUCACAGAAUGAGGAUAAAAAUCUAAUCCUUGAGUUUUCAGGGAAUAAAGUUACAGGAGUAGCAGGAAUCUACUUUAGUGCUCAGUAUGGAAAGGCAGAAAAUCUUCCCAUUUCCCCAGAGAUCCCAUCUUCCUGGAAGACAAUAGAUUGUGCGAUGGAUUUCAAAAAAGAUCUGGAGUUCUUGCUGAAUGGAAUUUCAGAUUUUGAUAUUAAAGGAGAUGGACUUCCCUCUGAGGCUUUGGUCCAUGGCCCUCUUGCUUUUCCCAUUGGUACCACAGAUAAAAGAAAGGCAUUCCUGGCAGGAAGCUACUAUGGUCGGGGACGGAUUAUUGUGGUGACACAUGAGUCAUUUCUGCAAUACGAGAAACUGGCAUCAUUUUGGAAGAACGCAUUUGACUGGUUGGAUCAAGGCAGAAAAGGAGUGGUUGGAUUUGAGCCAUGCAUCAAACCUUUAUCCAACUUAGGUUUGACAUGCAAGAAGACAAACUUCAGGGAGGAAGUCCUGGAGCUGAGUGUGUUUGUGUGCACAGCAUACAUUGACAUGGACGCUGAGUUGAUCCAAAACUUUGUGGUCAACGGAGGAGGCCUGCUGAUGGGUGGACAUGCCUGGUACUGGGCAUCGACACACAUUGGCCAGAACCCCAUGCAAGACUUCUCAGGAAACAAAAUUUUGAGCAAAAUGGGCUUGGGCUUAUUAACAAACACCAUAAAAGCAGAUGUCUACAAAGCUCCUGAUCCAACUCAAGUCAACAAGUUCCAUUUCCGUCAUCUCCUGCAUCGAUUUGCUGGUCAUGCUCUGGAGGGCAUAAAACUCACAAAAGAAGAAGAAGAGAACCUAAAGAAACUGGGAUCAGAGACUGCCUUGUUCUUGAAGAUAGAGGAUUAUGACUGCAUCUCCUACGUACAGAUUCUGUCCCUUCUGACUGACAUUUUAAAGAAAGAGGGCGUCCAACAGGCGAGUGAGCAGAAUCCUGUGAAGAGUCCCAAAGAGCAUGGACUCCUCAGUCUGGCAACCAGCGUGUACGAUGCUUCCCUAAACCAGGAGGAGCUCCUGCCUUACAUCAUAAAGGAUAACCCGCCACUGCCUGUGGUCAAGAACCAACAAAUCAUGAUCACUGCACAAACAGGAGAACAUGAGGAGUGGAUCAGUACAGGCCUGUAUCUUUCUCCUGGCAUGAAGACAGAAAUCAUCUUACCAGCAAAGUUUGUGAACAAGAGAUGGAAGAUCCAAAUAGGCUGCCAAAGUGAUGAGCUGCAUGACGAGAAGUUACGGAGAGCUCCAUAUGUUAUCAAGAGUUUUCCUAUUGCAUCAGAGAGGGUGCAGGUGUGGAACUUGUGGGGAGGACUCAUCUACCUGCUGGCUCCACGUGACGUGAAGGUGGAGAACGAAAAGAUUGUGGUUCAGGAGGCGAUCACUGCUCCUUAUUACAAGUCUGGUGCAACUAAAGAAGCUGAUUGGUCCUCUCUGCGCAAAGCUCCAGCACCCUGGGCAGAAAUGGAGUUUGAGAACAUCAUCCUAACUGUACCUUCACACAUCAUUCGUGACCUGGAGAAUGUUUUGGAGGUGGAAAAACUCUGGAAUGCCAUCAUGAAGGGUGUUGCAGAUCUGGCUGUCAUUCCACAAAAAUUUAUCCGCAAAGAACGCAUUGUGGCUGAUGUGCAGAUAUCUGCAGGUUGGAUGCAUUCAGGCUAUCCUAUCAUGAUGCACUCGUCCAUAGGAGCUGAGCUGUUCAACCCGCAAGAUGCCCGGACCAAAGGCCUGUGGGGAGAAAUUCAUGAACUGGGGCACAACCAACAGAGAAGCCCCUGGGAGUUUCCACCACACACUACAGAGGCCACAUGCAACCUGUGGUCAGUGUAUGUGCAUGAGGAGGUUCUGGGACUUGACAGAGCUAAGGCUCAUCCCUCCAUCACUGCAGCCAGUCGAAAGCGCUCUGUAGAGGAAUACAUUGAAGGAGGCAAGAAGCUCAGCGACUGGAAGGUUUGGACCGCCCUGGAGACAUACCUGCAGCUCCAGGAAAAGUUUGGCUGGGAUGCCUUUAAGAAGGUGUUUGCUACGUACCAUGACAUGACCAACCAUCCCAGUGACAAUGAAGGGAAGAUGAACCUGUAUGCUGAGACUCUCUCCAGAGUCGUGAACAUGAACCUGACUGGAUUCUUCAAAGCCUGGGGAUGGCCCAUCCAAAAAACCACUGAGAAGAAACUCUCCAACCUGCCUCUCUGGACCGAUCACUCAAUGGCCUAACAUGAUCGCCUAUAACUAAAACUCCCCCUGGGUCGAGUUUAAACUGUAACCUGGUUUAAUUGAUAAUGAUUGCUGUGGUUUGUUUUUUCUUCCUAGUAUAAUCCUAUAAUUAUUGAAUGAUUAUUGAAAUGAAUCAUGAUUAUCAAGGACUGAUUUUUGUGGUGAUUGAUUUUAAAGAUGAUAUUAACAAGAUUUAAUAUUUUGCUGCAGAAAUUAAAACACUAGAGAAGAGUUAGCUUAAAGACAAUUAAGACAAUUAAAGCAUCAUGAAAAGCAGUUAAUGAUUCAGUUUGUAAACAUGUUGGCCAAUGACUCAUAAAAAACAGCAUAACAAAUAUCACUUCAUUAUCUUUUGUUGUACUCAUAUAUCACAAUUCUAAUUUCUUUAAGUAAUUACUGUUCUCUCUUGUCUGUACAUUUAAAAACUCAGUGCCUUUGUGUUUUCCAGUUCUGACUUGUAAUGUCUUAAUGGUUGUUUGUCACAACUGUUCUGCUAACCACAAUAAAAUUGUCUUUGUUGACAAGAUAUUGUCUCAAGACAUUACAAAGA